AUGGCGACGGCGAUCUCGAAGCCUACCUCGCAUCCCCCCAAGAUGAAGCGGCCGCCCCCGCCUUUCGUCCCAGUGGGUGUUAAUGGGGUUAAGUCUCAGCAGUCCUCCUCUUCCUCUCCACCGUCCACAUCGAAGCGUUUACCCGGGACCAGUCAACCGGCCUCUGCGCCUGUUACUAACGGCCUGGCCCCGAAUGGUCUCAAAGGCGCCGCCAAUUCCACUCCUUUGACAACCAACAACUCAAGCAAGGGUUCCCUGAACCGUACCAAGAAAGAUGCGCCGAAGUCGGGGGAUCAGGCCAUGCGGUUACAGAAGCAUUCGGCAAAGACACCGACUGUGGAAAGCGAUUCCCGGCUGGGGAAGAUAUGUCCAGAGCCAUAUGUCAAAACGUCGUCAUAUAUCUUGAAGAAAUACUCCAAGUGCCCUCCUUCUUUGAUUGUACACCUACACCCCACACAUUUUCGGUUCGAACAGCAGGAUGGAAGUUUCUCGUACAACUCGGAGAUGAAGGUAGUGAUUGAACAUAUCCGUGCUGGCACUGUUCCCCAUGAUAUGAUGGAGGAGUUGCUCCGAGCGAAUGUCCGGUUCUAUGAAGGUUGUCUCAUCGUUCGAGUCGUGGACCACAAAUCCGUUUCAGCACAAGUUCGGAAAACAUCUGCGCCAUUGUCCAACGAUAGCAACACACCCUUCUCGCUCCAUAACUACAACGAGCAUAUCACCCCAUCGGCGUACGUUCCAUACCCGAAGCAGAACCAAUUGGCGUCCGAAACCAGUACCACGAAGUCAGAUUCUGCGGCGAGCGGCCAGCUCGAUGGGAAAGGCAAAGACGAGCCAGUUGGCGACUCGCAAAGCUCUAAGAACGAAAAUGACGCGGGGUCGUCCCAGAAGCCAUCGCCAGCCAAGCCCCGGGUAUUCACGACAGUUCUUCACCCUACUCCUCGCUCGCUACAGGCAGAACUUAUACUGCUUGCUACCACCCCUGAUCCCCGGGCUGCGAAACAGCCGGCCUCAAGUUCGACUAACCGUACCCAACAGUCUUCUUCGACAGCCCCUCAAUCACCGGUAGUGGCUACCAAUCUACCGGAACGAGGCCAUGUUGCCAAAAGACAGAAAAUGCUGGUGGAACCACAAGAUCUAUUGGAGUGUGAAUCUAGAUUGACGCGUGCGUUAGCGCCCCCCCUCUUUUUGGAACCGGUGGACAAUCUGGAAGCCGCACAGGAUCUUUUGAGAUACCUGGAAAGUCCUCUCCAUCGUGAUCCGCCGCCGUCACCAAAGAGGAGGAAGCGAACGGUGGCAGAGCUUGCCGCGGACGAAGCGCUGGCUGCCGAGGAGGAACGAUUUAUGCUCAUUAUGGACGAACGCUUGGAGCCCGCUACAUCAGGAGGCCCCGGCGGGCCCAAAUCUGCUGCCGUGGACGACACAGGUGUCGGCGCGUCGUUCGAACCGCGUUUCUCGAGAUUUAAAACACUCGAAAAUAUUCGGAUGCAACAUGAGGAGAAGGCGAAACGGGAGCACGAAAUCAAAGUCAAGCAAGAGCUGGCCAAGCGACAACAACAGGAACAGGAGAGGGAGCGACGCCGUUUGCUGGAACAACGUCAAGCAGAGGAGCAUGCGAAGGAGGAAGCUCGAAGGCAGCAUCUGGCUGCCCAGCAGGCGCAGGCGCAGCUUGCAGCCCAACAGCAGAAUCGACAUGCUAUGGCUCAGGUUAACGGGGUCAGCCAGGCACCGCAGUCCUCGCCAGUUGUCCGCAAUCAAACACCACUCAACACCUCAUCACCACUUGUCGGCAGCACAAUGGUUUCACAAUCUGGUGUCCCGAUGAGCAUGACGUCUUCUGCGCAGGGUGCAGGAAGCCCACCACGACCUCCCUCGGCUUUGCAGCACGGUCACCCGAAUGUGAUGAGCCAUCCGAUGGCGCCGUCAAGAAGCCAGCAGGGACAGUCCCGGCACGGCACUCCACAGAUGACCCAAGGGACACCGUCCAUGUCGCAUGCGACUCCGACCAUGCGCAAUGUUACCCCCACUCAGCGGAUGAGCCAUGGCAGCCCGAGUCAGCCGACCAUGGCUCCCACACCGGUAUUGAGCCAAGCGAUGAUGGGAACUCCCCAGAUGGGCGUUGGCAUGGGUCUUACGCCCCAACAGCAACAGAUUCUGCUGCAGAGGCAGCAGAUGCUUGCGCAGCAAGGACAAAUCGGGCAUGCACAAUUCACACCGCAGCAGCUCGCCCAGCUUCAAGCCAAUGCGCACGCUCAGCAAAAUAUCCAGUCGCAUCAACAGCAGAUGUUACAGGCUCAGCAGCAAAAUCACCAGGCACAGCAACAAAAGAUGCCGAAUACACAGUCCUACCAAGCCUCGUUAUUGCGCAAUCAGUACCACCAGAUGCAACUGGCUCAGCAACAGCAAACUCAGGGUCAGCAACCACAGGGUCAGCAGGCUCAGGUGCAUCAGGGCAGUCCACAGAUGACUCCUCAGCAGCAACAGAUGAUGAUGGCAGCAGCAGCCCAGGCCAACGCCGGGCACAUGCCGCAGAACUUUCAGGGAGUUAAUAUGGCCCAAAGGUACAGCCAACUCUAUCAACAGCGCCUGCUCCGUCUUCGGCAAGAAAUGUCCACUCGAUACAUGGGUCAAUAUGGGCCUCCCGCGCAAUACCCGCCACAAAUUGCGCAGCAGUAUAGCGUCGGUCUUGAACGGAGUGCGAAAGCGUGGGUGCAGGAGAUUAUUCGGCGCGAGCGUGAGGCAGCUCACCAACAGCGUGCAUCUCAAGUGGCAGCUGUUCAAGCUCAGGUUAUGCAGCAGCAACAACAACAACAACAGCAGCAGCAGCAACAGCAACAGCAACAACAACAACAGCAACAGCAGCAACAACAGAACAUGAUGCAAAAUGUUAUGGGAAAGUAA